AUGGAGCCACUCACUAAUCCCGACCCGGAUCGGUAUUCCAAGGUGCUGGGACUAAAUUUCAAAGGAUCAAAUACGUCUGGUAAGAUAUGGGUAUUCGCCGAGGAGGGUGCCAACUUCAUCAUUGAGGAGGACUCGGACCAAGUCCUACACGGAAGGCUUACUUCGCACCGCAUGGCGAAUCAUAUCUCCAUUUCUGCCAUCUACGCUAAAUGUAGUAGGUUGGAGAGACACCCUCUGUGGGAUAAAAUGAGGGAGAUAUCAUUCAGGACGGAAGGAACCCCGUGGCUGAAUGGAGGGGAUUUUAAUACGAUCCUUGCACAUGAAGACAGGGUUGGUAGUGAAACCAACCGGCAAGCAGAGAUGAUUGAUUUUGCCGAAGCAAUUGAAGAUUGCCGGCUUUUGGACCCGGGAUUCGAUGGUGCGGAGUUCACUUGGGCUAAAAAUGGCUUGUUUGAGAGGUUGGACAGGCUGCUUGUUAAUGAGGCAUGGUCUAAUGCGUUUGAGGCAACAAGGGUGACUAAUCUCCCAAGGGUUUCCUCGGAUCAUGGUCCGAUUCUUGCAAGGUGUAAGAUGCCGAGGCUUCCCUCAGGGGGCAGCGCCUUUCAUUUCCAAAACAUGUGGGUCCGGCAUGAAGGCUUCAUGCAGCUUGUGCAGAAUAUUUGGGCUCAACCAACAGAGGCGAGUGGGCUAUUGAAUCUCCAAACUAAGCUUGCUAGGAGCAAAAAGGCCCUCAAGGCGUGGAACAAGGAGGUUUUUGGCAACAUUCACUCCAAUCUCAAAGGAAUGGAGGAAAGAAUCGCGCAGGCUCAAGCCGACUUUGAGGCUGAUCCAACGCCACACAAUAGAUCCGAGAUCAACAAUAGCAUUGCCGAGUACAUCCUCCUUCUCCGGAUGGAGGAGGACUUCUGGAGGCAAAAGGCGGCUCUAAGGUGGCUAGCAGAUGGAGAUAAGAAUACCAGAUUCUACCAAAGCUGGGUGAAGCAGAAGAGAGUUAGACUCCGAAUUCACUCUAUCAAUGUGAAUGGCCGGGAGAUUGCAGGCGGUCGAAUUCUUUCGGAGCCUUCUCGCCCCGGACACCCCGGACCUUGA